AAACGAAUAAACUCCAAUCGUUGUCCAAUCGUCUCGCCAGAAAGAUGUCGGCGGUGUCCGGAUUUUUCGAGGUUUUUUAAAGUGUUUGAUUCAGUGGAAAAAGUUGAAAAGUCGCUAUUGAAAGUGUCGGUAAGUGAUUUAUCCGCGUUGAAAACAUCGCAUUCCGAGCGUUUGAAUCGAUUUCCGGUUCCGUAUCCGGGGCUUUUCGCUUAUUUGGGGUCGAAAAAUGACGUUUUCGGACCCGCUUGCUGCCUCGGUGGAGAAAUUUUCUUAUUGGUGGUGUUGAUGAAUCUCUCGCCUGAAUGAGUUUUUGGGAAAAGUCAAUGAAUGCUACGAUUACUGGGUGUUGAUGUGUUUUGGUUGAUGAUGGCCAAGUGAAAAAUAUGGGGGCCCCACUUGUGUCUUAUUGCGGAAAUGAAAAGUGAAAUUUGUGAGCUGCCAAAGGCCUUUCGGUAAGCGACAAUUGCUUUCGACGAAUGACCCGAAUCUGGUACCCGUGAUUCGCGAUUGGAUUGGAGAAGGCAAAUGCCUAGCUUCCUGUUGCUGCCAGGUGAAUUUUUCUCGCGUCUCUAGCAUACUCAAAUAAUGGCCACUACUAAGCUACGAGUAUAGAAAAGCAAAACAGCCAAAUUAGUGUUUGCUCCCCUGGAUCUUUACUUGAGUUCCAAUAGUUACAUCACUGGCCCAAGCUGAUUCAGGUGAUCCUAAUCUCUACUUACCUGUAUAAAAAGUAAACCCAGACGGGGACAUUCCCAAUCAAGCGUCUUCUUACGCCCACGCCAUAUCAAAUCAAAGGCUGGACCAGAUUACGGAAAAAGAAAGAACCUCUCGAAAGCAUCAUCAUCAUCAGUGUGUGCGAUACCAAAUCCUGUUCGUCGUUUUCGAAAAAUAGAUGGUGUCGAUCUACAAUUUUAGAUUAGACCGAAACCGCAUGUAACAAAGUUAAGUGAUUUGAUUUGGGUGCUGCCUUUCGGAAAAAAGAAAAUCAAAGGCAAUUUAGUCGGGGCCGCAGCCAAAUUGUGAAAGCAAAAUAAGAGAAAAAAAAUAAUAUUGAUAAAAGCUAGAAGAGGAAUCAACCACAGCGGAAAAAAAAGAAGUUCAAAAAGUACAUCAGUUUUUCGGAAGAGCACCGUUUUGUUGUGUUUUCCUUUUUUCCACGCUUCUCGUGUAUUGUGGGUGUCGUCUUCUUCCUCUAUUAGCAGUGCGUUCAGUCAGUUCCCAUGUAUGUGUGUGCCCGUGUAUUGAUCUGGGGCUGAGAGCUUGGAAGUAGCGGAAGAAUCUGUGUCACCCCCGCGCCAUUCCAUCCUUCAGUGCAUAAGUAUUUCGGUUCCGUCUUGGAUAACAACUUCAUCUCACCAUUGCUGGAUGUGCCAACUGGUUUAUCGUCGUCGCCAUCGAUUGUAUGGGAAUUUGAUGCAGCUGCUAGCGGGAUGCUGAUGCUGUAACGCAAUUUAGAAUUCAGCUGUGAGAAGAGAUCCUGUUGGAAUUCAACGGUAUAUUGACUGCUGUAGGUGGAAACCGCCGAGGAUAAGGAAUUAAUUCAGUUUUAAAAGAAUAACCAAUGGAUCAACAUAGAAAAUAAGGACCUAAACUGUGGUGAUCGCGCCAACCGCAACAGUUUUAUCUUGAUAGGUCCCAACAGCCCUAUCCACAACCAACCACAGCCAUGCAGCGCAACUUUGGGCUGUCCCCGGCAAGCCGGGCCGGAGUGUACGACGGGAAGAUAGCUGGCCUAUACGACCUGGAGGAAACGCUCGGUUCCGGCCACUUUGCCGUGGUCAAGCUGGCCCGGCACGUAUUCACCGGCGAAAAGGUCGCUGUCAAGGUGAUCGAGAAAACCAAACUGGACGAGAUUUCCCGGGCGCAUCUUUUCCAGGAAGUGCGAUGUAUGAAACUGGUUCAGCAUCCGCAUGUGGUGCGACUAUACGAGGUGAUCGAUACCCAGACCAAGCUUUACCUGAUUCUGGAAUUGGGCGAUGGUGGGGAUCUGUAUGACUAUAUCAUGCGACACGACAAGGGUCUGUCGGAGAAUCUGGCCCAGGAGUACUUCCGACAAAUUGUCAGGGCCAUCUCUUACUGCCAUCAGUUACAUGUUGUGCACAGGGACCUCAAACCAGAAAAUGUAGUAUUUUUCGAGAAGUUAGGUGUAGUGAAGCUAACAGACUUCGGCUUUAGCAAUAAGUUCUGUCCGGGCCAAAAGCUGGAAACCUCCUGUGGCAGUUUAGCGUAUUCGGCACCGGAAAUUCUGUUGGGUGAUUCGUACGACGCACCGGCAGUUGACGUUUGGUCCCUGGGGGUGAUUCUCUACAUGCUGGUGUGUGGCCACCCCCCAUUCCAGGAGGCUAACGACUCCGAAACGCUCACCAUGAUUAUGGACUGCAAGUACACGAUGCCGGAUCACGUGUCCGAGGGCUGCCGACAACUAAUCGCUGCCAUGCUGGUACGGGAACCGGAAAAGCGCUACACCUUGCAGCAGAUUGCCGAGGACCCGUGGCUGAUGGAGGGAGCCAUCGAGGACACGCCCGAAUAUCUGCCCCUGGUCAGCCGGGAGCAGGUCAGCGAGGAGGACCACACCCUGAUCAUCCAGAAGAUGAUCAACGGCAAGAUUGCUACCAAAGAGGAAAUCUUAGAGGCUCUAGAUCGAAAUGAGUACAAUCACAUAACGGCCACCUACUUUUUGCUGGCCGAACGGAAGCUGCGGGCUCAUCGGCAAGAGGAAGCCCAGAAGCGGAAACCGGAACUUACACUUCCGGUAUCGAGUGCGGCAAGACUGCAAGACUUCCGGAAGGAUUCCGAAGACGACCUUAAAGGAGACAGUCUUUUACCGCCCAAACUAGGAAUGCUUCUAAGCGUUCCUAGAACACCGGGAACCGAAACUGGACAGACCGGUCGAAAUCGCAAGUGCAGCAUCGUACAGGAGGAGGAGGACGACGAGGAUGAUGGUGCCGCCCACGAGGAACUAUCGGCACAGCUGAACCGCCGUGGUUCCCGAUCCGAGGGUCGGAUCAACGUCACGGUCCAGGAUAGGAUAGCCGAAUCGGAGCGGCUCAAGCUGGAGGCCAAAAAACAGCUGGCCGAAGCCAAAGAGAAGGAACUGAGUGAGCAGCUGGCACUGGAAACGAUUGCCAAGGAAAACAAGGGAUCACUGUUCGGUGGGCUGGGCAAUGUGACGUUGAUCACGAGUGAGAACAGCAGUACCAAAGAUAGGCUGGGCAUUGCGGGAGGAGGUUUGCAACGGAAGGUUCCGGAAAUCAAACGAACCGGAAUGGAUUUUAGCAAAAAGUCUUCUAUACUGAAACCGAGUUUAGCAAAAAUGGGUGAGGGGAACUUGAGAACUGGUUCGUUUGAUAAAUGUAUUGCUAGCAUCAGGGAUGUUGAGCACGUAACAACUAAAAUUAUUACCGACAGUUCGACGAUAACGAUUCCUUUGCCAAGCUUGAACGUUGUCACAACUUCUACUAUACCCAAGUAUAAAACGAUGCCAUCGCCCACCAGAGCCAAUACCAUCUUGAACGCCACCACCAACUGCUUGAAUGAGAUUUUCGAAGAAGGAACCGAUGUAGGGAGUUCUGAUAGCACUUCUACCACGCCCCGACCUGUAGUCCGGAAUCAGUUCAAUGCGAGGACGCAGAGUCAAGGCAGUGGAAAUGGAAGCGUCGUUCAUCGGAGGACAAAGUUCAACAAAUCUCGGACGGCAUCCUGCAGCAGUUCCGAUGCGUCUGAUGACGAUUCGGAAAACCGGAAGAAGCGUGCGCAUAAGAUCGUUGACUCUACCGUAAAGCCACAAACUCAACGACGAGAUUCGCACGACGAUUCCAGUGAUUCUCAGGAUCCGGGUAAUUCGGCAGCUCCCUCCGGCGGUCAAACCGCUGGUUACAUGGCGGCAACAGUCAUGAUGACCAGCGCCAGUAGUAGCAGCAAUGAUAACAGUAGCCAACCGUCGUCUUCGGACAAACGUUCCUCGGGCGGGGGCAAUCGGCAGAAAACCUCCCAGCAGGUUGACUUCCGGAGGCACCGGGGACGGAGGAGACCUGUCGAAACUCGGCUCCGUGAGAGUCAAUCGCUUAAUCGAAUUACGGAAGUGCAGGAGUCGGAGAUAUCACACUCAGCUGCCGCAGCGGCAGCAGCAGCAGCGGCCGCGACCGCAGGUGCCAUAUCAACUUCAAUCGUGCCAAACGAGAUUGCCGUUGCCAAGGACAAUCUCAACACCACUGACCAACCGGAAGAAGCUUCCAACGUAGAGGACGGUGCUAGUAGUAGUAAUCCUCCUGUGGAGGAACCGACGCCAACCGAUGCCACGGCUAAUGCCAGCGGCAAUAGCAAUACAAAUAACCCAGCAAUCAGCAAUCCAACCAAACCGAAAGGGUUCAGCGCCCGGAUAUUCCAUCCUUUCAAGAAGCAGCAUCACCACAACCAGCAGCAGCAACAACAAUCGUCGAACAGCUCAACCCCGGCUGGGGACGUUCCUUCAUCAGCGGGAGCAGCUGCUCCGCAAGGGGACGACAUCGAGAUCGUUGUGGAACUCACCAAGGCACUGAACGCUUCCGAAAGCAGCAACACCAAGAGUACCAAGAAGAUCAAAAUUCUUGGGCGGUACUUCCAGGUACACAAAAAAAUCUACGUGCCCCUGUCCGGUCUCUUUCAACGGGGCCGUCUUUACAAAGCCCAGUCAUGCGGGUCGAUCGUCCGGGACAAGGUGAACGUCAACCCGAACGGAGUCACCGGUGGUGGUGGCCGUGGAUCACAUCCCUCCAACGCACGCCACUCGACGAUAUUCAACGAGAAGAACCGGUUCAUCAAAAACUGCCUGACCGGGUCCCGGCUGCUGGGGAGCGACGGGGACAUCAACCACAACAACGGAGGCAACAGUUUCAUGACCGGAGCCGGCUCGGAAUUGUCCAAUGGAAACAGUGUCGGUGGCAGUGCUGGGGGUUUGUCCAAUGGGAGUGUUUCACCGGCAGAAUUGGUGACCUCCAGCAGUCCCACGCCGUGUAGUCUUGCGGUUGCCAAUGCUGGAACCACAGCUUCGCUUCCGAUAAAGACGGCGUAGUACAGAGGGUCUUUGGCUUCGGCAGGGGAAACUAUCGAUGGGAAAGUGGACGCUGGCUGUUGAAUGGACCCUUACCACUUCUACUAUUCUUACUACAACAACUAUAUGCUAUUACAAAUACAAUGUACUAGUUUUAAAAAUUCUGCUGUCGACACUACAGAUUUGGUUUUAACAAAAACUGGAAACCAAAAUGGAUGGGUUCUUUGCUAGGUUAGGACAACUCCUUGAAUGUUUCCUAUAUUGAAUAUGUAGGGAGGUGUGUAACUGUGUAGAUCACCCUCACCACCCACAAAUGCUCUCGUUAGAAAAAAAACUUAUAGAAGACUCAGCUAUUGAAAACAAUCCACUACUUAGCACCGGUAGAAAGGAAACAAUACUACUAGCUGCAGAAUAGCGAAUCAGACAGUAGCUACGCGUUUUUUUAGUCUAUAGUACACGGAUACCAAAGAGAUCUCGAAAGUAUUGUUGUUACCCAAGCGCGCGAAAUUAGCGAAACGGUGGGACAUGACUCGAGUUUUACUUCAGCACUUUAAACUAUCAACGGCUCAGCUCAGCUCCGUCCGCCGGAUUUUCUAGAAUGGUAUGAUUGAUGAAAUCGAACACAACUGAGCACCAACCCCACCAAACUUUUUUGAAAAAGCACGAAAUUUGAAGCAAGUGGACGAGUAAAUAGCUGAAGAGCUCAUUUGAUUGAUUGACAAAAUAUUUUUUUUUAUCUGGAAGGCUAAGAGCAAGAUUCAAGGAAUCGCUAUCUUCACUUACGUGCAAUAAUUUACAGAUGAGCUUAGGUUUUCUGUGUUGAGUAAAAGAUUGUAAAAAGCGCAAAAGAGAUAUCGCUAGAUUUUUUUUCCUCAUUCAUUAUGUGUAUUUGUUGAAUUUUUAUGUUUCUAAAUGUUGAAAUUAUUUUAAAAAAUUGAAAUUUUUCGUCCUUAGAACUAUUAACUUUAUAGAUAGAAUAGCGCCCGGACAGCAACAUGAAACACUCAUCGUGACAGUUUUAGUUGUACAAAAUGACAAAUUCAAAAAAUGACCCCUAUUAGAAAAUAAUUUUAUUUGGUUCCUGUGUGUGUUGCACUAGAACAUAAUAAAUCACCAUCCAAACGUGCAAGUGCAGCGUACGUUUAAAUAAAAAUGACAACUCACAAAUAUUAUCUAAAAGAAGAAAAAUGAUGUACAACGUCAAAAACAUUUCCGUUUAAAAAAACUAUUGGAAUUGUUAGAAUUUCCCCUUCAUAUAUGAACAAAAUUGGAAGUGAAAAUAGCUACCGAAAGACACACAUAAAAAAAACAUUGAAAAUCUCAGAACUAAUCAGCAACAGUAACAAGCAAACAGUAACAAAUACAAAACGAUAAAGAAGAAAGUUAAUUCGUAUGUGCUGUGCACAGCUUUAUUCACAAAGUAGAGUAUGACAACUAUCGUACGCGCUAACCAUUCUAUUAGGGCCCCAUUCAAAGACAACAUACGAUUGAGUUGCAAAUGCUGUGUUUGUUUGCAAACGAAUUGAGAUUACAACAACUUAUUGGCUCUUGCAUGAGAGAUGAUUUUGAAUUGAACGGCUUAUUGCUUCCGUUGAUUUUGCGGAAUUCGUCCAACAUUUAAGUUAAGUAACCCAUUCUUGUCCUUAAUUUUUCUUUUCAAUGAACAGAAAUUUUGGUUUAAGAAAAUGAAAGAGUUCUCGAGCAUUCGACAUGAGAGUUUAUAUUAAAUUUGAAUUUAUAAGAUAGUUUGCUAAACAUGGUUAUACCUAAUCUUUUCAUUUGAAAAUCGUCAAAUUUUUAAACGGAAGCAAUAAAUCAAUUUGAAUCAUUUUCGUAAAUUUUUCAAGAAACAUAAGUCAGAACCUGAAAACGCUUUCUAUUUCACAAAGUUUUCCGAAGUAAAAAAAUAUCAAAGCACCUUAUUAGACAACUGCAACUACAAGGUAUGUUUUAAGUCAGGAGGUAGUUAAAAAAAACACAAACACAGUGCACACAAUUAAGUCGGAAUGGAGCGCAAAAUAAGUGUGACCAAUACUACAGCAAACGGUAAAUCUGUGUAUAUUAAAAGAAAAGCAGAAAACAAUUUGUGUAAAACCAAGAGAUAUACAAAAUGGACAUUGAAGGGAGAAGAAAUUUAAAAACAAAACUGUAGCAAGCUGGACUUGUGAAGGAUUAUAAAAGUAUAUAUUUAAACGCAGAAACCGAGAAAGAUUUAACAAGCAUUAACCAAUCAUAUUAGUUCAAUGUUCAACUUUAUAUUUCGCGCAUUUUACUUUUUAAGAUGAAUUUACACGAACGUCGAUAUGAGAAAACACAUUUGCAAACGUGGAUCUAAACUAACUAUUUGUAGGAAAGAAAACUAAGAAACAAACCAAGCUAGUGAAAUUGUACUACCGAUGAAAUGAUGGCUAAAGAUAAGAAAAUACCCUCUACGGCUACAUGGAAACAAACAAACAAAAACAUACAAAAAUCAAAACUAUGAAAUCUCUCAUACUGAUUCCGAAUACUUACUAACCAGUAUAUGCUACCUAAGGAUCCGCUAAAUAAUAGAAAACCACCCGAAGACAAACACUUAUCCUAAAAAAAACAAAAGUACCGAUUAUCAAAUUUCUGCCCACACCAAAUGAUGAAAACAUAAAACUACUUAAUAUCUGCUUAUCUGCUGUCUAUCGACUUUAAACAACUCGAACACAACAUUGUCCCACUAUAACAGUCAAACCACACGGAAUGAAAUAAUAGUAAAAAAUUGUCACAUUGAAAAGAUAAAAAAGUAAAAGCAGCACAAUAUUCCUACAAUCGUGUGCAAAACAUACAAACAUAGCUCACAUAGUGGUGCAUUGAUAGAAAGCCAACCGAACAUUCACACCCUCUCUCCUCCACAACUCAAAACAAACACUAGAGAAAGCAAACACACAUACACACCAGACGAACAGAAAACAAACCGAAAAGAAAACAAAAUAGAUCAAACAAACAUAUAAGCGCAAGCUACAUGGCGAGAUCGAUGUUUUAAUUGGGUAGUGAUCAUACAACAUAGGUUAUCAACACAAUAGAUAAAAUAAAUAAGAACAAACAACUUGAUGCAACAGAAGAAAAAUAAUACAAAAAAAAACACAACAACAAAACAAUGCAAAU